GGUAGUAAAGAGAAGACGAUCAGCUCACCUGUGCCAUUUUAACAUCACUCAGGUGUGUGUGUAUGUGUGUGUGUGUGUGUGUGUGUGUGUGUGUGUGUGUGUGUGUGUGUGUGUGUGUGGUGAGAUAUAGAGACAGUAGAUGGUUUGUGAAUCUUGAGAGACUGCAGCAGCAGCUUCUUAAUCACCUGUACAGUGUCAUGGUAAGAAGAGUGAGAUGAAAACACAAGAGGAAUACACAAAACUCAUCUACUCAACUGUGGAGCGAUGAACAUGAUGAUGAUGAUGAUGAUGAUGAUGGAGUCACUGUUGUACCUCACUGAGGGCUCCAUCAGCUCUACCCUGAUAAACAUACUGACUGUGUGAUGAUGAUGAUGAUGAUGAUGUGAGCACUCAUCGUGGUGUUACAGUGGUGCUCGUUGCAUCACAGCUUCCUGUUGUCAUUAAACCCUGUGGAACAGCAGCGGUGCCGUGAUUGCUCCAUUAUUUGCUUUUGAUUUGAUUUGAGACUCGACCUUAGCCCAUCAUGGACUCUGCGUUCUCUCGCCCGCUCUCUGAGCAUUACUGCCCCUACAGUGUGGUAUCGCCCUCUGCUGGUCACGCUCUGAAGCAUGCUCACGCACAGUUCCACCCGGCGCGUCUCCGCCACACACUCCCGCUGCUCAUCUACCCGCGUACCACAGAGCCCCGCCUCUACGACGCCUCCUAUCCUGGUGCCGCUGCGCCGCUCAUGCCGUAUCUCAGUCCAUUCCACGGGCGCUUUGGCGUGUACGAGUGUGCGCUUGAGCCCGCCUUCAUUCAGAAGCGUAACGAGAGAGAGCGGCAGCGUGUGAAGUGUGUCAAUCAGGGCUAUGCCAAGCUGCGCGAGCACCUUCCCGGAGCCGCCGCCGACAAGCGCAUGAGCAAAGUGGAGACGCUACGAGCAGCCAUCCGCUACAUCAAACAUCUGCAGCGGCUCGUGGAGGAGCACGAGACUUCGGUGGAGGAUGUGCAUGCUGACGAAGAAGACAGUCCACUCCAGCUCUCCAUCACCUCCUCCCCUGUGAACUGCUGUGAUGCGUCUCAGGACUCUUCUGGAACCUGACUGGAACCAACAGGAACAAAAUAUCAACUCUCAGUGUCACUGUGUGCU